AUGAAAACCCAAUGGAAAGAUACUGUCCCUGAAAGUGAAGAGGAGAGAUUCAGACAAAAAUGCAAGGAAUUGAAAAAGAGGGUACUUGAAGUUGAACAAACGAACGAGGUUGCCACAAUCGCGUUGAGUAGGACUCAAGCGUCCAUACGUCGAUUAAGGCUUGAAUAUGCGAUAUUGAUUGAAAGACUAGAAGAUAGAGCUCAGCAUCUACCUGACGGAGUUACCAACUUUGAAGAAAUGGCAGGUCCACCAACACCAAGUAUACUAGAUGAGAAUUUAGUAAAAUCGUCCAAAAAUGGAUCAGGUAAAAAACCAGGAAAGAAGGCGACCACCACCGGUGGGAAAAUCACUGGAAAUGGAUCAUCAGCAUCACCAGCAGAAGCAGAUGCCAGGAGUUUGAUGAAUUUAGCAACUUCAACUGGCAAUGUCACUACUGCAUCAGCAAUCACACCAAAAACACCAAGUCUAGCAAAAAACCCUAAAUAUAGAGAUCCUGAUUUACCUAAACGUCCAACUAAUGCCUACCUUUUAUUUUGUGAACAAGAAAAAGAACGAUUAAGACAACAACAACAAGAAGAUCCAGAAAACAAUACCCGAGAUUUAUCAAAAGCCAUGACUGAAGCCUGGAAAGGGUUGAGUGAAGAAGAUAGAAAACCAUUUUAUAAGUUAUAUGAAGAAGAUAGGGUUAGAUAUCAGAGGGAAAUGGCUGAAUAUAAUCAGAAAAAGGAGGCUGAAUUGGAGCGGGCAGCAGAGGAUGAAGAUGGAGAUGGUAAUGGAGAUGGUAAUGGCGAUGGCGAUGGCGAUGAAGAUGGAGAUGGCGAUGGUAACGAAGAAGGUGAUAGAGAUGGUGACGGAGAUGGUGACGGAGAUGGUAACGGCAACGACGAUGGAGAUGGCGAGAAGAGGGAUGAAGAUGAAAGGGAAGCAAAGCGACAAAAACCAAAUCCUGAUACCGAGAUUAGUGAAGUGCAAACUGAACAACCCCAAGAUGCACAGGUCAAGAUAGAGCAAGAUAAAGCAGAGUAA